UACACAAGUUACUUGGAGAGGUUUUUUGGGGGGAAAGCACAUGCGUUACUUGGUUAUGGUUCCUCAGUUUCAACAAUGGCUUCCUUUUUUUAAUUUCGUUCCUUUUGCUAUUUCUUGGAUCACACUUAUAAGAUGUGCUUUCCAGAGGGUUCACACUUCUUCAAUUUUCACUUUAUUUAUAUGUUGGAAAAAACUAUAAGAAAAUCUUGCGAUGACUUUUCCACUUGGGUUGUGGAAGUGGAACGAACACCUUCACAGUGGAAGUAUAACUAAUCUCAUUUACGAGUCUCACUAGUGGGUUUUUAACAACCGACCUAGUUUCAUGUAUGGAGGAAACGAUCAGAAAAUGGUGACAGCAACUCGCAGUUUUGCUGUUAAGAAGCCGAAUGAAAGUAUGAGACAGAUUGUGUUACUUUUUGUUGGAGGAUUUUUGGGCUUAAUCAUAGGAUUAUCACUCCCACCACUGUCCAUAACAAAGUUGAAUCUCCCAUAUGGCUUUCUUCAUUUCUCUUGUGUACAGGAAAAGUAUAUAGAUAGCAGCACCUCAUCCCAAGAUCAGUUUCAAAGUGACCCAACAAAGAUUUGGGUUCCAACAAAUCCAAGAGGGGCAGAAAGAUUACCUCCUGGGAUUGUUAAAGCAGAAUCGGACUUAUUUUUGCGAAGAUUGUCUGGUACUCCUAGUGAGGAUUUAACCUUUAUACCGAAGUAUCUUGUGACCUUCACUGUUGGGUAUGAGCAGAAAAAGAAUAUCGAUGCAGCUGUGAAAAAGUUUUCAAAGGAUUUCACAAUCCUUCUAUUUCAUUAUGAUGGCCGAACAACGGAAUGGGAUGAGUUUGAGUGGUCAAAACAGGCAAUUCAUGUCAGUGUUCCCAAACAAACCAAAUGGUGGUAUGCCAAGAGGUUUCUACAUCCGGACAUUGUAGCACCAUAUGAGUAUAUUUUCAUGUGGGAUGAAGACCUAGGGGUUGAGAAUUUCAAUGCAGAAGAAUACCUAAAACUGGUGAGGAAGUAUGGCUUGGAGAUAUCACAGCCUGCAUUGGAACCUAGUAAAAGUACAAAAGGGGUGUGUUGGAAUAUGACAAGGAAAAGAGAAAACAGUGAAGUUCACAAAGAAGCAGUGGAAGCAGGAAGGUGCAAGUACCCUCUUCUACCUCCUUGUGCAGCGUUUGUUGAGAUCAUGGCUCCAGUGUUUUCACGAAAUGCAUGGCGCUGUGUGUGGUAUAUGAUUCAGAAUGAAUUUGUGCAUGGAUGGGGUCUUGAUUUUUCUUUUAGAAAAUGUGUUGAGCCUGCCCAUGAGAAAAUUGGAGUUGUUGAUGCACAGUGGAUUGUUCACCAAGGUAUUCCCUCACUAGGAAAUCAGGGAGAAGCACAGACUAAUGGGAAACCUGCAUGGCGAGCAGUGAAGGAGAGGUGUGGCAUGGAGUGGAGAAUGUUCCAGGGCAGAUUGACUAACGCAGAAAGGGGAUAUUACAAGUCCAAGGGAAUUGAUUUUUCUAAUUUGCUCGUUCAUAAUUAGCUUCUCUUUUGUUUUCGAUAUCAUUAUUUUCAUAUUUUAUUGUUUAAUUUGUAAGCAUAUAUCUUUGGAUAAAUUUAUUCCAUAACAGUACAAAAUUAAGAUAAGUUAAGUGAAGGAUUCAAUUGAAAUAAUAGAAUAGAUAUUUUUUACACCAUUA